AUGAGACCGCACGCGAACCGCAACGCGUUCGACGACAUUCCCCAAAUCACGGUUUUGGUCGUUUUUAUUGAGAUUCUCGCCGACUUUGCCAAUAUUGCAAAUCGACAGACACCCUGGCGCGGGAUUCGGCCGGAUCGAAUCCGUGAAUUCGAUGCGAACAAUCGAAGAGAGGUGGAAGCGGCACAGAAAAAAUUCGAGACAAUGCAAGCAAAUUGUAGUGAGGAACUUUCAAAAUAUGCGGCACUACACGAACAUGCGAGUCGCGUUAAAGAGCUUAACGGCAAAAUUCGAGAGGUGCAAUUGGUGGCCUCGCCAUUAUCGAAUCUCAUGAUGAGCUUUUGUGAUCCCGAUCUUGAAAAAAGAGCGUCGAAAUUCAACCAAUUGACUACCCUACUUUCAAAUCUUGAGCAAAUCUUAAAAAUUGCCAUCGAUCGUGUUCCACAAGGAGACGAAUUUCGAAAAAUCCGAGACGAAUUGACGGCAGCGUACGAAAGUGUGGAAAAAUUCGGAAAAACUCGCGCCAAGACACCGAAUUUCGUUGAUGAUCUCUUUCUCAUCAAUAGCAAGAUAAAUGAAAUCGAUUUUGCCCAAGAGCCAUUAUUGAUUGAAUUAUUGACGGGAAGCGAUCGUGAAAAAUUGGAGAACAAUUAA